ACCUCGCGUAGAAGUCGUAACCAAACAAGAUAGAGCAGCUGUCUCAUCUUUAGAAUCUCGGUGAACCUUGGCUUCAGCACCACCGGAUUUCCUGCCGACUUCAACCUCUGAUUACUGUUAUAUUUUUAAGCCAGCAGUAAGGUGGUGGGCAUGACAUAUAGAGGUCCCUUCUUUUUCUUUCUCUCUUGCAAGAUGAAUGCGAGGGGCGUUGUGGUGGCGAUGGCCGUGUCUGCGGCGCUGGUAGCCGUGUGUGGCGGCCAGAUCAACCGGUGCUUCCCCGGCGAGAAGCUAGAGUUUGCCGAAGCGGAGUUUUCCGGCCGCGUCGAGCUGUUCGGGCUGAGCCUCUUCCAGCAGCUGAGCCAGUCCGUGCAGGGGAAUCUUUUCAUUUCCCCGUACAGCAUCUGGAGCGCGCUCACCCUCUCCUACUUCGGGUCCGAGGGCAAGACGAGGGAGCAGUUGGAGAACGCUCUUAAUCUGAAGAGCAAGACUCACACUUACUUCAACUGGGGAGGUCUGAGAUUGUUACUCCUCAGAAGCCCCGAAGGUGAAGGGAUGACCUUUAACAGCCUGAACAGAGCGUAUAUGAACGAAAAACUCAACCUGAACCGCUGCGUCUCCAACAUUCUGCCCGACCUUCAGCUGAUGGACUUCAGCCGGCCUAGCGUUGCCGUCGAGACCAUUAAUAACGAUGUGAGCUUAGCAACAGAGGGCAGGAUCAAGAAUUUCAUCGACAACCUCCUUCCUAACACUAACUUUGUGCUCAUCAACGCCGUGUUCUUCAAGGGUCUCUGGCAGUCGCAAUUCGUGGUCGAACAAACCCGCACGCAGGAAUUCCUCAUUCCACCUGGGAGGUCUGGCGGAAAUGUCCAGAUGAUGUCUCAGUCAGCCAAAUUCAAUUAUGGUAACGUGCCGUCCCUGGGGGCCAAGAUCUUGGAGCUGCCAUACGAGAACUCCACCGUCUCCAUGUUCAUCCUGCUGCCCGACGACAUCAGCACGGACUCCAUCACCACAAACCUCACGCGAGACACUCUCAAGGAUGCCAUUGGGUUGAUGUCCGAAGAGAUGGUGAACGUUGGCCUCCCUAGAUUCAACAUGACAACUAGAAUUGAAAGCGAGCUGAAGAAUAGCUUGGAGAGCUUGGGCAUCGUUGACUUGUUCGUGCCCAGCGUCGCCAACCUGACGGCCUUCGAUCGCUUCGCCAACUUGAAUGUGGACGAAGCCAUCCAUCAGGCGACGGUCGAAGUCACCGAAGAGGGCACGGUCGCCACGGCAGCCACAGGUCUGAUCAACACGAGAGUGGGCAUCGUGCCAAAGUCGUUCGUGUGCAACCGGCCGUUCGUUUUCCUCAUCUACAACAAGGUUCUCGGCAUAACUCUCUUCGCGGGACGCUACUCAACGCCUACGUAGUGAGAGCAAAAACAGGAAUGGAGAAAACUUGCCAGAAGAAAACUUAAAUGUGUUACAGGUAGAAAAGAACAUUUUGAUUCACUAGCACUCACAGAGAAAUAAUUUGAGGACUAAAUUUUCAGACAGAAAGGAUCGGAGGGAAUUAAUGGCUCGUUAGAAAAGAACAAGGUUUUAUGCACUAAAGAACAUUCUGAAUCCGUGGCUCACAAAGAAACCACAAACUACAAAAUUUCCGAUGUUUUUCACCUUGCAUGUGUGAAAUAAUUAAACUGAGAGGUGGUAUCAGUGGAAAAUUGUCAUGUAUGAUUUUUUGUAAUGCACUCAUUUAUUUCUAAGCUCUUUGCCAUAAAGAAAUGCAAGGAAAUACCAUUUAUAUAAUGUGUGGAAUAGGUAAUUUAUGCCUCUGAAUAUUUAUCAGUACUUGAACCAAUGUAAAAUAUAAGUAUUUUUAUUCU